ACACACUACACUCUGAAGCGCGAGCACUUUCUCUUCCCUAGAAUGAUGACAUUACGACCACUGGAGGGCAUAAGAAGGCAAAUGGGGAAAAAAAGCAAAUAUAAGAAAUUCCUGGGAUUAUGUAUCGUCACUGUUAUCGUCUUAUUGAUUGUAUUAGCAUACAUGGGCACACGUCCUCAUUACAUAAUUAUAAAAUCAUUCAAUAAUUCACAGAAGUUUGCAGAGGCUUCAUUUUCAAUAACGUCCAUCAAAGACUCAAAGCACUUUAUGGUGUCUGCAUUUAUCGACCACAGAUUGGACAAGACCAUUCGAGUCAUCAGCAUAAUCAACAGGAAUAGUCUUCAGCCACUUUACUGUGUCUACUGCAGCAUUGACCAUGACUGUAAAAUUGUUAACACAGAUGUCCAGAUACACCGUGACAAUUUUGGUUUCCCCUUUCAUGUCUCAGAUGUGAUUUGUGAUGGCAUACACUUGCAAAAUGCAACACAUGUCCUCAUCUCAACUGAUAAAGAUUCACCCAACCUCAAGAUGGAAUACCUACCAAUAAAAAAUCGAGUGAUAAGAGCGACCUUUAAAUAUAACUUCACUGUUUGCAUCUCCAACCUUUUCGGCAACUACAAUAAUGUACUGCAAUUUGCUCAAACGAUAGAGAUGUACAAGCUUCUGGGCAUACAGCGAGUGGUAAUCUAUAACACUAGUUGUGGACCUGACCUUGAAAAACUCUUAAAGCACUAUGAGAGAGAGGGAAUACUAGAGAUCGUUUCAUGGCCUAUCGACCAAUUUCUUAAACCGUCCUCAGGCUGGAACUUCGAUAAACACACGGGUGAUCUUCACUAUUAUGGACAGCUAACAACACUCAAUGAGUGCAUUUACAGGCACAUGUAUCAGUCCAAGUAUGUUCUCCUGAAUGACAUUGAUGAGAUCAUCAUGCCUUACAAGCAUGUAAAUUUACCUUCUCUUAUGGAGGACCUCCAGUCUGCACACCCCAGUGUAGGUGUAUUUCUUAUUGAGAACCGCAUAUUCCCCAAAACUCAGUUUGAGGACAGUGAAAAGUACAAACGGCCAGAAUGGAAUAAUGUUCCUGGCAUCAAUAUCAUGGAGCACAUUUACAGAGAACCUGAUCGAAAGAAUGUAUUCAAUCCCACAAAGAUGAUAGUUGACCCGAGAAAGGUGGAGCAAAUAUCAGUACAUUCCUCUUUGAAAUACUUUGGAUAUACGUACCAUGUGCCAUUUGAUGUGUGUAUGAUUGUACAUGUAAGAGUCCCACUGCAGAGGCAUCUUACUAGAGAACAACUGAUUGUAGACAAAAGAGUGUGGGACUUUGCACAAAAACUGGUACCAAAUGUUGACCAGGCAUUGGAACUUUCAGGUGUGUUAAGACCUCACACUUGACAUCCUUGUUGACAUGUUUAUAAUGCAAUUAUGUACAAGUGAACUGUCUUGAAAUGUACAUUUUCUC